UGCAUGCAUAUCAGCUGAGAAGAUGGAACCAACUCGCUCGGUGGUCCGAUCUUCGCAUUGCUUAGAUGCUGUGUGACAACGAAAGACAAGAACCAGGGCCUGCCAACCAUGAAUGGGCAGACGUCACAGCUUCCUGCAUGGUGGCUGACCCCACCAACUUUUUAUUACCCCUCUACCCCUCCAUCCCACACCAGGUCUGGGCAGCUCCGUCGCCAGAUCCGUCCUGCGUCUUUUUUACCUGCCGUCCAACACCUGCGAACGAUCCCGCUGACUUUCGCCCAUAUUUUCCGACCAAGAACUCCGUUUCUACACCAAUUGCUUCGGAGAAUCAUCAGGAUGUCUCUGGCCAACAAGCUCUCUAUCGAGGACGUCGACCUCAUGGACAAGCGUGUCCUGAUUCGCGUCGACUUCAAUGUGCCGCUCGACGCCGACAAGAAGGUCACCAACCCCCAGCGGAUCGUCGGCGCCGUUCCCACCAUCAAGUACGCCAUCGACCAUGGCGCCAAGGCCGUUGUGCUGAUGUCCCACCUGGGCCGCCCCGACGGCAAGGUGAACCCCAAGUACUCGCUGAAGCCCGUCGUGCCCGAGCUCGAGAAGCUGCUGGGCAAGAGCGUGACCUUCGCGCCGGACUGCGUCGGCCCCGAGGUUGAGGAGAUCGUCAACAAGGCCAACAACGGCGAGGUCGUGCUGCUUGAGAACCUGCGCUUCCACGUCGAGGAGGAGGGCAAGGGCACCGAUGCCGACGGGAACAAGAUCAAGGCGGACAAGGCCCAGGUGGAGGAGUUCCGCAAGGGGCUGACCAAGCUCGGCGAUAUCUACAUCAACGACGCCUUCGGCACGGCGCACCGCGCGCACUCCUCCAUGGUCGGCGUCGACCUCCCGCAGAAGGCGGCCGGCUUCCUGAUGAAGAAGGAGCUCGACUACUUCGCGCAGGCGCUCGAGUCGCCCAAGCGGCCGUUCCUGGCCAUCCUGGGUGGCGCCAAGGUGUCGGACAAGAUCCAGCUGAUCGACAACCUGCUGGACAAGGUCGACACGCUGGUCAUCUGCGGCGGCAUGGCCUUCACGUUCAAGAAGACGCUGUACAACGUGCCGAUCGGCACGUCGCUCUUCGACGAGGCCGGCUCCAAGACGGUGGGCGACCUGAUGAAGAAGGCCGAGAAGAACGGCGUCAAGGUGGUGCUGCCGGUCGACUACAUCACGGCGGACAAGUUCGACAAGGACGCCAACACGGGCACGGCCACCGACGCCGAGGGCAUCCCCGACGGCUGGAUGGGCCUGGACUGCGGCGCCGAGUCGGUCAAGCUGUACAAGGCCGCCAUCGACGAGGCGCAGACCAUCCUGUGGAACGGCCCGGCCGGCGUGUUCGAGUUCGACAAGUUCGCCUCGGGCACCAAGGCCACGCUGGAUGCCGCCGUCGCCGCCGCGCAGAGCGGCAAGAUCGUCAUCAUCGGCGGCGGCGACACGGCCACCGUGGCGGCCAAGUAUGGCGUCGAGGACAAGCUUAGCCACGUGUCGACCGGCGGCGGUGCCAGCUUGGAGCUGCUCGAGGGCAAGGCGCUGCCGGGUGUUGUCGCGCUGAGCGAGCGCAAGUAGGAGGUCGAUGCUUUGAAUGAGCCUGAUCUGCGGUGAUUAGUCAAGCAAUAGACAUGUUUCUCUUAUUUGCAAUAGUUGGGAGCAUUGGCAGAUGGGUGCUUGCUAAGGAUGCAUGCACACUUCCAACCUUCAUGCCUGGGUGGCGUGGAUAUUAUCCCAUUCCGACUGCAGACAAAACCUCUGUGCCAUCCCGUCCGCGAUGAAGCGCAGUUGCCCUU